GCGGUCUUACAAUUCUCCGCGAGCCCAACACGCCCCUUUUAUCUCCUCGCCGCUCUGAAAAAUCCCGAGUUCCAAGCAGCUUGUUUCUAUCCUCUUCCAAAAAAUGGAGCUCGUCGUUAACUCCGCUCUUCACCUCCUCCCCUCUCGCUCUCGUCCUUCGCUUCUCUCCUCUUCUUCUACGGAGAUGCCGUCGUCCAAGAAUCUCAUGCCCGCAUCCUCUCCGAAGCUCGCCUCUUCCCGCCAUUCCUUCCCGCGCGUCUCCUCCUCUCCCUCGCAAAAUUCGAGGCCGUUCGUUGUCUCUGCUAACGCCGUCGCGGUCCAGCACGCGGAGAAGGAUCGGUUUCCGGCCGACGUCCGGGUCACGGAGACGAAAGAGCCUCGCUCCAGUGUUAGAUUAAGUGUAGAAGUCCCUCCUGCUGUAUGCCAGGAAUGUUACAGAAAAGUGUUAGAUGAGUUUGCCAAACGGUCAAAGGUUCCUGGAUUUCGCCCGGGGAAGAAAAUCCCAGAAAACAUACUUGUUAACUACAUUGGUAGACAAAAUAUACAACAGGCUGCUAUUGAAGCAAUUCUAAAGAAAACUCUUCCACAAGCCAUGUCUUCGGUAGAGGGAAGGGCCUUAAAAGAUUCUGUUCGCAUUGCAACUAAGUUCUCAGAGAUGUAUGACACUUUCUCUCUCCAAGAUGUUCUAAGAUAUGAUGUUGUGGUCGAUGUGGCUCCUGAGAUCAAAUGGUUAUCAGAGAAUAAAUACAAAAAUAUGAAGAUUAUUGUUGAGAUAGACGAUAUCAUUAAUGCUCAAAUUGCUUCUGAAAUAGAGCUAAGACGCCGUCACAAGGCUCUAGGAUCGUUGAGAAUUGUAACUGAUAGAGGCUUGCAGAUUGGCGAUCUUGUUGUCCUUGAUAUAUUUGCAACAACUCUGAAAAGAGAUGAAUCUAAAGGUGAAAAAAUUCCAUCUGCGGAGAGAAAAGAUUUUCACUUGGACACAGAAGAAAGUGAUAAUCUUCUUCCUGGAUUUCUUGGUUCGAUAAUUGGAAUUCAACAAGGUGAAACAAGGUCAUUUCCACUUCAGUUUCCGGAAUCUUGGGGACAAGAAAAUGUUCGAGGUGUUCAUGCACAAUUUACUGUUGAAUGUAAAGAACUCUUCUACAGAGAUUUACCAGAACUGGAUGACUCUCUUGCUGAAAAGCUUCUUCCAGGAUGCAAUACCUUAAGUCAGGUUCGAGAAAAAAUAUUGCAGAGAUGUAGGGAAAUGGAGCAAACUGCCCUAGAACAAGCAACGGAUAAUGCAAUAUUAGACCAAUUGAGUAAGAUUGUUGAAGUUGAUAUUCCUCAGUCCUUGUUUGAGGAACAAGGUAGACAGCUAUAUGGAGCUAAACUUUUGCAGCUACAGGCAGGGAGGAAACUAAAUGAACACCAAGUAGCAUCUCUUUCAAGUGAAAAGGCAGUAAAUGAAUACCUUGAAUAUGAGAGGGAGAGUAUUACACACAUGAUAAAACAGAUGUUAGCUGUUGGUGAGAUUUUCAAGGGUGAAAAUUUGCAGUAUCCAACGGAGGAGCUUGUUAAAGAGGUUGAGAACUCUGUGGCGGAGUUCAAACGCCAUAACCAAGAAUAUGAUGAAGAGCGUAUUAGAGAGCAGGUUCAAGAUGUUCUAGAGGGAGCAAAGGUGCUGGAAUGGUUGAGAGAGAAUGCUGACAUCCAAUAUGUAAACAGGUAGGUUUAACACCGAUAAGCAAUCAAUCUUGGAUGCAAACCCACUGUGGGUAGGAAUUAGGAUGGAUUAUAUAUCCUUUUGCCACUCUUCUGGUUCCUCUUAGAAAUGAACCCACUAAUGCUGAUACUAUAUUGCCUCCACCUCCUUCAAAGUCUCCGCAACCAGACAUUGUUCCUUAUGGAGAAGGGUGACCCUAUAACAGGUUGGUAUAUGUUGGAACUGGGGCGAGAACAGGUUUUCUUGGUCCAUGGCCUGCUUCUCGUUUCGUUCUUUUAUCGGCAUGGAUGCCAGCUUCGGCAAAGUAACUCGAUUCAAGAAGGUAGUAUUUCUGAGAAAUCAUUGAGGUCAGAGUCUUCUAGUACCGAGGAAGUACCCUGCACUGUUAAGACCAUGAGUCCAUACAAGUUUGAAGAUUUGGAAAAAUGGGUUCUUCAUGGUUCCUCGGAGAAUCAAGGGAUCUGCAUUUUUACUUCUGAGUCCUGAGCAAGAGCUCAUGCUCUCAAAUUAUAU